AGUUCAGACCUUAUACUGACCCUUCAUGCUUCUCCUCAGAACCCAUCACAUUUAGUGAUGUAGGUAAAGGUAAAUGUCCGGACUAUUCAGGCGCAAAGUGGACAAUUUGGCAAUCACUGACGUUUGGAUUUGUAAGAUAUUCGCCCCAUAGGAGACAUUUGGGUAAAUAAUCUCAUUAUUUCCCCAGCAUAGGCGAAAGAAGCAACUUUUAGCCGUAAUGCCACAUUAUUAUUAUUAUUACACUGCCUUACACUAAUAUGGUCGACAUUGUUCUUUUUUCUCUUACGCUCCUUACCUUCCUUUUUUCUCUUCCCAUUCUCAUUGUUUUGUAGCGCAUAUAUACUUUGUGCCCCCUUGUACCGAUACUUAUGUGUUCAAAUAAAAUAAAUAAAUGCCACCUGAAUUAAUAUCCAAUUUCCUUAGCUAAUGUCGCUCGUAUCUCCUCAAAGUUCGCCUUUGUUUCCCCAUUCUCGUUUUAUUGGGUAGUUCUUAGACGGUCGUUUCAUAGUAAUCUCGUCAAUCUUCGAGGAAAUCUGAAUACAAAUAUUAUGAAAACUGAGGAAUUGUUUGUAAAACUACUUUUAAUCUGAUAAACGAUCGAAUCAUAUUACCUAUUGAAUUGUUGGAUUUCUAUCAAGAAAAUGGUUUACGUUAAGAUAAUCACAGAUGAAAUGUAGAUCUUAACGAUUUCAUAUGCUACGGAAUAAAUAAAUAUACAUUUAAUUUUCUCCUAUAUUAACCACAGAUUCUUGAUUUUGAUGGUCUCUGUACUCGUCGGCUAACGGGGGUUGUGUUUAGCGUCCUUUUAGUUAAGUUAUAUAGGAAGGUUUCAUUGUUAGGAGGUAAUUCAACUUUCUGAUAUAUUUUUUGCACAGGCACUUUAGUUUAUUAGUUUCUGGGUAUAUUCUCACAUAACUAGCGACUUCAUGUUUAAAUGGGCAAUAACUAAGUGACGCUUAGCUCUAUGACCUCCGAAUAAGUUCUCUUUUUCAGUAUGUAAACUCACGAGAUAUCGAUUUCACUGUACUAUCAAUCAUGUAUAUCCCCUAAAAGUUUAACUCAACAUAAUGUCACAGGAAUUCCAAAUACAUUCAAAACCUCAAGUAUAAAAUUAUCUGUACUUAUAGUUGAUUAUUUUAAGGUAGGCCAUUAUGAAUGAACCUUGUUAAACUGUAAAAUAUUAACUAGAAACAUCGAAUUAAAUCUAUAUCUUACACUGGCAAUCGUUUAUAUUGUUUUAUAAGCUAUAAAACUCUUAGGAUAUAGGCAAACAAAUAUGUAUUUCAUUUUCCACUUUAUACAGAAAUGCCAUCAACUCAAAAUAAAGUCGCUGAACGAGAUCCGCGCUACUGUCGCCAGUGGAAGUGUCAAGUUUCUGUGGGUGAAUUAUAUCGAUGGAUUUUAGCGAAACUUUCUGAUAAAGAUAUCAAGCGGGCUCUGCACAAAUACCGAGACCUAAUGCCUAGACAGUCGGAUUGGAACAGGAAACUGACACAAGCUACGAGUAUGCCAGAGCUUGGUUUUCGAUAUCUGUAUCGAUGUGGACAGAUCGAUGAAAGUAACCAUCGAACUAUGCAGAAAAUGCUAAAAUAUAUCGAUCGUCAAGAUGUGCUGCCAUAUUUUGAUACAAUUUUGUAUAAUACCAACCAUUCUAAUUGUUCUUUGGAGGAGCUACAAAAAGUUCUGUUGGAUAAAGUUAGCGUGUUCUUAGAAUAUUCUUCUACACUGUCUGAAGAAGAAGUACAUCCAGAGCCUCCAUAUGAAAUAAUACGACGCCAACCAGUUGAGGGUUCACGAGUCACAAGAUUAAGCCUGAAAAGAAAAUCAUCUGUUGGUGGUACUGGUAGUAUUGCAUCUGUGAAGCGAGGGCGCCGGUCUACUAAUUCCUCAUCGGAGACUGGUCAAGUUAGUGAUUUCGAAAAUUCACCUCUUCGGUACUGUGGCAAAGUGCGAUCAGCAAUUAUUUCGAAUUCACUAAAUGGUCCUGUUGUGCAUACUAUGCUUUCCGCGUCACUUAUUAGUAUGCUGGCAUCUUUACAUACUACAUUAUCUCAAACAUUCGAUAAUCCCGGUGUACCGUCUAUAACCCCUAAUGCAUCGAAUAGUAAUACAAUUGGAAGUUGUAUUAAUGGUUCAAAUCCUUCUGUUCCUAAGAAUCCUUUAAUCUCUCAUUUACUGGCUAUUAUCCCACAUUUGAUUGCUGUUUCACGUGCUGCAAAUCAGUUAUCUAAUCCAGCACUACCCUCUCGAAUAUCGAAUCUUCCAAAUAAUGUAAAUAAUAGCAAUUCAGGGAUUUUUGGUUCAAGAUUUGCUGGUAUUCAUAACAGACCGGUAAUCAAUGCGGAUAGACGGCUGCCUCAACAGGUUCAAGAUCACGUAGAUCCUGCUGCUCCGGUUGUUUUAGAUAAUUUAAACCACGAGCAGAACGUUCAAGAUCCAGUCCACCCUAUCAUACCUGGUAUUCGUGCACCACUCAUCAACCCUCCUAACGUGGAAGCAGAUCGUCCAGGUGGACUAUUGUUUGCACCUCAACCUAAUAUUCGACUUGCAGAUGGUGGAUCACCUGUAGUCUCUCAACAUUCGACAAAUCCCCCUGUUUUAUUAAAGCAUGUUGUUUUGUCAAGCGGAGGAAUAGGUAUUACUGCUUCGUCACAUGAUUCAGUAAUCCAUUAUUAUUGCAAUAUUAAACUGCAUGUCAAUAUUGAUUUUGGUCCUUCUACAGAAAGUUUAAGAAGAAUCCAAACAGUUCGUCAAGAUUUUUUUGAACGUCAAAUUGAUUUUUUUGUACAAGCAUCAAACUUAUUGAAAACUCGUUCACCAAGUGAAUUUAUUUGUAAUUUACAAUUUACACGACUUAACCAACUUGAAGAUUUUUGGGCUGAUUAUCAGUCAGGUGCAUUACGAUAUUAUCUCAUGUCUGUAUUGAGAAGUGAAAGGAAUCGAAGCUUUUUUGGUGAACCACCACAACAGAUAUCUUCCCAGUUUUCAUCAGUUGUCGAACAACAUGUUGUGCCUGAUGCUUCAGGUCAACAAAAUCAGGUUGCAAAUGCUGUGAAUAAUGAAGGAAUGGAUGUAGCUGUUCCUUUAAUGCCUAAUAAUGCAUCACAAAAUUCAGCUGAAAAUAAUUCUGAUGUUAUAGUCAGUAAUGGUAGUAGUUCAAGGCCAGUUGAUCCAAAAGUGUCUGGUUCCAAUUCAUCAGAAUAUUCUAAUCAUAAUCCUACAUGCUCAACAGUUAAUUUGGCCUCAUCUUUAAAUAUGGCACAAGAUGAAAACUCACUCAAUAUGUUGACAUCUUGUAUUGAAGCAUUGAGUCGUUCGUUCCAUCGUAUGAGACGUCGUGAAGUCACUAGUCCAUCUCUACCUACAGAACAAGUGAAUGAAUUUAUUAGAUUUGAAUUGAAUUUAUUUGUUUCACGUAGAGAAUAUGAAAAUGGCCGAUGUUUAUUAAUGCGUAAUUUACGUUCUAUACCGAGUUUAUGUCAACUGGUUUCAGCAUCUUCAGUAUUAACACCAGAUACUGCUGUUAAUUCAGUCAGUACAACACCAUAAAAUCUCGAGAAAAAAAACACAGAAAAAUUCUUAUAAAGUCUUUCCCGUUGAUGUUUGUUUAUUAUUUAGGGACAAUAAAACAUUUUAUUAUUCAAUCCUUCGAUAUUUCUUGUUCUUUAUAGCACCUAUACUUAUAAUCAGUUGUAUAUUUUAAAUUUUCUGUGUAAUAUGUAAUGAAAUCUAUAUUGCUUACUUUUUAAUCUCAAUGUUGGCAAAGAGCAGUUAAUAUUUAUGUGAAAAGAAAUUCAGUCGAUCUUUGAAGAUAUUUAUCGUUUCUAUUGUUUUCUAAGUAGUUCACAAAUGUUCAUGAGAUCUAAUUAAAUAUGAUUAUUUUAAUAUUUUGAAAUUAGUUUAUUGUAAAUUGCACAAAAUAUAUGACUUUAUCUC